AUGACGGGGAAAGGUGCGAUUCUUCCCCGUGAGGGCCUUUACAUUGAUCCAGUUUUCAAAUGGUUACGGCGAACACUGCUUCAUCCAUUGUUCACAUUGACUUGCCUCUACCUAGUGCAUGGUGCAAAGUUGAGUGUUGCUGUGCCAUAUCAAAGGCCAGUUCAACUGGUCACAGGGGCCAGUAUCUUGCUGUUUCUUAAUGACUGGUUGAGUGGCAAAAGUCAAAACAACUGGGUUACAGACGAUCACUGGGACUGGAAGAAGGAACUGGUGGUAGUCACUGGUGGGAGUGGUGGUAUUGGGGGUGGCGUAGCACAACGUCUCGCCGCUAUGGGGGCUCGGGUGGUUGUACUGGAUAUCAUCCCUUUGACAUAUGAGCCUGGUAUGCUGUGUGAAUAUUUCUACUACAUUUGUUUUCUGCUAAAACAGCCUCAAGGGAAAAAUAUCAUGUACUAUAAGUGCGACCUUAGCGACGAAACGCAAAUUGCAUAUGUCUGCGAGAAGAUAAAAGUCGAAAGAGGUCAUACAACUGUUCUUGUCAACAAUGCUGGUUUGUCUCGUGGUCGGACUGUUGUCGAAGGUUCAUACAGCGACAAUAUCAUUACCUUGAAGACCAAUCUACUUGCACCUUUCCUGCUCACUAAAGAGUUCCUUCCAAUCAUGAUCAAGCACAAUCACGGUCACAUUUUCAACGUCGCGUCGAUGAGUGCUUAUAUUCCUCCGGCAGGAAUUGCAGAUUAUGCGGCGUCAAAAGCAGGAAUGAUUGCAUUUCACGAGUGUCUUGCGGAAGAGCUGCGAAGCCAGAGUGCAUUCAAAGUUCGCACAUCGCUGGCCGUUUUGAGUUUUACGAAAACACCUCUUUUCAAGGGGAAGACAAAUCAGUCCCACUUCUUCACGCCUCUGCUGCAUAUAGACACCGUCGUCGACGCCAUUUUUGAUACGCUCGAUAGUGGGCUUAGUCAAACUAUCUUUCUCCCUGGUAUUUUUAGGUUCUUCGCAGGAUUGGAACCCCCGUUUGGUUCCAGAAUGUUAUUCGAGGCGGUGCCAAAUCUCUGA